AUGCGUCUCGUAGUACCGGCCUCGUUCUUGACUCUCGCCUCUCUGGUCUUCGCUGAGGCUGCCUCCGAUGUUAUCAGCUUGACGGCCGCCAACUUCGAGUCCUCUGUUAACUCAGAGCCCCUGCUCUUGGUUGAGUUCUUCGCUCCAUGGUGUGGUCACUGCAAGGCCCUCGCUCCCCACUACGAGGAGGCCGCCACCACCCUCAAGGAGAAGAACAUCAAGCUCGCCAAGGUCGACUGUGUUGAGGAAGCCGACCUUUGCCAGUCCAAGGGCAUCCAGGGCUACCCCACCCUUAAGGUCUAUCGCAACGGCAAGGACAGCGAGUACAAUGGUCCUCGCAAGGCCGACGGUAUCGUCAGCUACAUGGUCAAGCAAUCUUUGCCCGCUGUCUCUGACGUGACCGCUGACAAGCACGAGGAAUUCACCAAGGCUGACAAGAUUGUCGCCAUUGCCUACCUUCCUUCCUCUACCGCUGCCCCCGCCCCUGAGUUCAGCGCCGCCGCCGAAGCUCAUCGUGACGACUACCUUUUCGGUAUUGUGACCGACCAGGACGUCGCUGCUGCUGCCGGUGUCACCCCUCCCGCCAUCGUCGUCUACCGCUCCUUCGAUGAGCCUCGCACCGAAUACCCCUACCCCGUCUCCGGCACCAACAAGAAGGAGCUUGAGGACUGGAUUGCUGAACUCGCCAUCCCCAUCAUCGACGAAGUCAACGGUGAGACCUACGGUCUCUACGCCAAGAGCGGCAAACCCCUCGCCUACCUCUUCAUUGACCCCUCCAAGCCUGAGAAGGACGCCCAAAUUGAACUCAUCAAGCCCGUCGCCAAGAAGUACAAGUCCAAGGUCAACUUUGUCUGGAUCGACGCUGUCAAGUACGGUGACCACGGCAAGGCCCUCAACCUCCCCGACACCAACUGGCCCUCGUUCGUCGUUCAGGAUUUGGACAAGCAACUCAAAUAUCCCUUCGACCAAACCAAGGCUAUCACCACUGAGGCCAUUGGCGAGUUCCUCGAGAGCUACGUCACCGGCAAGCUCGAACCCUCGCUCAAGAGCCAGCCUAUCCCCGAAACCCAGGAUGAGCCUGUCUACACUCUCGUCGGAAAGAACUUUGAGGAGGUUGUCUUCGACGACAGCAAGGAUGUCUUCGUUGAAUUCUAUGCUACCUGGUGCGGUCACUGCAAGCGUCUCAAGCCCACUUGGGAUCAACUCGGUGAGAAGUACGCCGCCAUCAAGGACAAGAUCGUCAUUGCCAAGUUUGAAGUUCCUGAGAACGACCUUCCUCCCACCGUCCCCUUCCGCAUCAGCGGCUUCCCCACUCUUAAGUUCAAGGCCGCUGGCUCCAAGGAAUUCGUUGACUAUGAGGGCGACCGCUCCCUUGAGAGCCUCGUUUCCUUCGUCGAGGCCAACGCCAAGAACAGCCUUGAGAUCCCCAAGGCUGAACCCAAGGCUGACGAGCCCGAGGCUCAGAAGCCUGUUGAAAAGGAGGCUGAGGGCAUCCACCGGGAAGAGCUCUGAUCACCUAGCAUAUUAGCGCCUGCUUUACUUAUCGACUAAUGGAUCUAUUUGGAAACG